GGAGCCUGAGAGCCGUAGCCUGAGAGCCGGAGCCUGAGAGCCGGAGCCUGGUGAUCUCAUACGCUCAGACGCUGCUAAAGCUCCACAGAAGCAAAAUGGCCGACAGUAAACUAACCGAUCAUACGGUGUCCGACAGUCAUCCAGGAGCUCUGCGGGGGUUGUUUACAGCGUGAGGAGCAGUUAGACAAAAGGAACAUCGUCUUUACACAUUUUAUUACUCUUAUUUGGUCUUUGGUUGAUGUCAUUUAUUAAACUCGUUCGCCUUGAAAGCCUCGGAGAGCUAGCUUAGCCUAGCUGCUGUGCUAGCUGCUAGCGGCGGCUCUGCAAAACAUUUUGCACAGAAGCACUUUAUGUCUUAACUCCAUGUGAUUCCCGAGAAGUAUCCAAAAGGGGAACAGUGUUUCAUGGAAGACAAGAAAAAGAAGAAAGAGGAGAAAAAGAAAAGGGAAACUCCACAGAAGGUGCCAGACCAGAAACUCAAAGUGCCAGAAUCUGCCAAGGCGCCCGGUGGCCCGUCACACACCAGUCCAGGCUCAGUAUCCCCCUACCCCUGCCCUGCCGCUCCUUCCAGUCCCAGUGCUGCCAGCGCCUCUGCACCAGUUGCUCCUGGUGCUGGGAACAAUGCAAAGCAGCGGACCUCUGUGGCCAACGGACAGCCCUCCUCCUCAUCUUCUUGUGGAAGCCAGGCCAUCCAGCAGCAACGAUACAUGUCCAGAGAGGUUCCACCCAGGUUUCGCUGCCAGCAGGACCACAAAGUGCUACUGAAGAGGGGCCAGCCUCCCCUGUCCUCCAUGCUGCUGGGGGGAGGUGGAGCGGACGAGGCUGCAGCGGCCAGUGGCUGCAGUACACAGGGAGAAGAUAACCCCAAUGCAAAAACAGCUGGAGCCACAGAUUCCAUUUUGGGUUCAUCUUCCCCUUCACCCCAUAACUCAUCCUCAUCAUGUGUGGCCGCUGUGUCGUCUUCUACUAUUACUACUACUAUUAGUACUACUUCAACUUAUGCAAGUUCCACAUGGGGGGCAGGCUCUGGUAGCCAGCCCUACUCUCAGGGCUGCGUGAAGGUGGAUGGGAUGGCUGUAACGGACUGGCCCAAAGCGUGUUCGGAGGCAGUGGCCGAAGGGACGCAGGAGCAAGAUCACCGUGGUAACAAUAACAACAGCAGUGCCUCAUGGAGCGAGACAAGCACCCAGCAGAAGAGAGUAGGAGAAGAGAACAUGGACAAUUCUUCGCCACCUUCUCCUCUCUCUCCCUCGACCUCGCUUAACGAAUGUGCUCAGUCAUGUGGUGUUGUGGCCUCUCAGGUGGAAGUGGGGCAAGGAUCAGCAGCUAUUCACAAUUCCAAAGUCUCCCAUCUUCUUCAAGAGAGUCCUGGUGCCAACAGUAACCCCAGCUCCAACUCCUCUGCCCGGCAUCAACAGUCUGGAACCACUGCUUCAGCUUGUGACGGCCUUCCUUUGCACUCAUCUGUGAUUUCCUCAUUUUCUGCCAGCAGCCAACUCAUCACCACCGACUCAUCUGUCAGUCAGGCAGGUGCACCUCAGCAGCAGCAGCACACAGGAACAGCUUUGGGUGCCAGGAGUGGAGAGCAGCCGCAAGCAGCAAACCUAGCAACAGAAUCAGUUGAUGGCAUUGGACCAAAUACAGAAAAUGGUGAAGCAAACCAAGGAGAAGAGAGUACAACUUUGUCUUCCUCCACUGCUGCAGCUGCUGCUUCCUUUUGGAGAGCUAUGCCCCCGAUGGAGACUGGCGCUCAAGGGAAAGAAGGAAAUUCUUGGGGUUUAGAUGGCGGCUCAAAUACCCAGGUGGUAUCUCAGGGAGCACAGGUAGUGUGUAGUCCGAAGGGGGAGUGGGGCAGCACUGUGGGAGGGGGUAGUUCGGGUCACUUAGCAAUAGGAAGCGGAAAAGGCGAAGAUGGUAGCAGUAGUGGUGACAGCGUUGUGACAGACUCUGCAUCACCAAAGUUUGCAACUAUGUCAAAAGCAUGGGACAAUCAGAAAGGGGCAGAGAGUGAAGAUGGAAAAGUAGGUGAGUGGGGCGUGGGAGGAAGCAAGGGGGAGGGGUCUACAGCUGGGAGCAGCGGUGGAGGGCAGAAGACAGACCGAACCGGACAUCGCCAAUCCCACCAGAUCAACGCAGACGUGGCCUUACAGAGCAUGCUCAAUCGAUCAGACCUGGAUCCCAGGGUCUUGUCCAACACGGGCUGGGGCCAGACCCAAAUCCGACAGAAUGUGGCCUGGAACCUUAACGCACCAAGUCGAAACGAUAAAAGCACUUCAUUGUCAUCAGCAAAUGUAAACACUAGCACUAGUCGUGGAGCUAACAAUCCCGGGUCAAGUUCGGUGAGGGAAGGUUGGGAUGGAGGAAGGACCAGUCAUGAAGUGGAGAACGAACAGGGGAAGGCAGAAGGAGGCUGGGGGGUACAGAGCACUGAAACCCAAGGUAAAGGUUGGGGGAGUGAGGAGCAGUGGACUGACGGCAAAGCAGGAGGAAAAUGGGGUGAGUUUGGAAAACAGGGUACUGGAUGGGAAGACGGUCCAGAGAAAAAAGGGACUGGAGGAUGGAAAAAUGUGGGACAAGGGGGGGAGGCAGGUGGCUGGGGUGGGGAAUGGGGGCAGAGAGACUCUUCAUCUGGGAGAGGAUGGAGUGAUGGACCGAGCAGAGGAGAGAGCAUUUCUGAAGAGAGCUCAUCGUGGAGUGAGAGUGGGCCUCAUCGAGGGGGGUGGGGAGGAGGAGGAGGAGAACGAGAACGAGAACUGGGUAAAUCUCUUCAAAACUGGGGUAAUGCAAAGCCCCAUACAGCAUCAGCACAGAUACCAAACAGCCAAGUGGCGCCAAUGAAAGCCCCGACCCAACAGCACCAAUCACAGGGCCAGCCGCCAGGAGGACCCACCCAAGGGGGGUGGGGCAGCCGGGCCACACCUGGAGAACCCCCAUCCAAAAAUCCAAACCAAAGUACAGGCUGGACGUCCGGUCCGAUUCCCCAGAUCCCAGGGGCUACAGGAGACUCCAUGGAGCCCAGCGGCUGGGAAGAGCCGUCCCCUCAGUCCAUCAGUCGCAAAAUGGAUAUUGAUGAUGGUACUGCAGCCUGGGGAGACCCCAAUCGCUACAACACUAAGAAUGUUAACUUGUGGGAUAAAAAUGCUGCUACUGCUCAAAGUCAUAGUCAGCAGCCUCCUCCAAUGUCCAUGCAGCCACCAGCCCAGAGAAGACAACAAGGACCGCAACAGCCAGGGCCUGGUUUGUGGGGAGGAGGUGCUCAGUGUGCGGAUAAUGGUACUGGGAGUUGGGGUCAGACGUCGGAGGCUCCCACAGGUUGGGGCGACUCGGAUGAGGCCAACAAACAUUCUGGCUGGGGCAACCCUUCCUCCAGCUCUGCUAAAUCUGGCACAAAGUCAAUAGAGAACUGGGGUGGGAAAGGGGAAGGCUCGAUGGCCGCAUCACGUCACUCGAGCUGGGACGAGGAUGACGACUGUGCUGGGGGAGUGUGGAACAGCGCGGGAUCACAGGGAAGCAGCUCCUCCUAUAACUCUGGAGGAUGGGCUCAUGGAGGGAAGAGAGGCAAUCUAAAGGGAGGAGGAGGUGAUAACUGGAUUAACCCGAUGUCACGUCAGUUUUCUAAUAUGGGUCUUCUGGGCGAUGAUCCUAACGUGGACAGAAAGAUGGACAGUGAAAAAAGAGGUAUCGGUGACUAUAAUGGGGACAUACGCCGAGGAGGCAGAGGAGGAGGAGGCUAUCGCAUGCCCAGUCCAAAAGACAUGGGCUCUGCGGAUAUGGGGCCCUAUGGUGAAAAGAUGGGUAGUCAUGGCGUGUUGACUGGCAGCAGUGGAGGGAUCCCACAGCCUCGGGGGAUGCACCAGCCUGGCAUGCAUCCCCUUAACCCGACCCCAGGGUUACGUGCUCAAGUGCCUCAUCAGUUCCUGUCCGCUCAGGUGCCAGGUCCUGUGCUGAAGCAGAUGCCUUCUCCUGGUGGCAGUAUGGGAGGAGUGGUCGGAGGAGUGGGAGGUGUCGGGGGAGUGGGAGGUGUCGGCGGAGGAGUGUUCCCUCCUCAGAUUUCUCCGCAGCAGCUAGCAAUGCUCAGCAACAUCUACCCUCACAUGCAGCAGUUCCAUCUGGCCUGCCAGCUCCUGCUGCAGCAUCAACAGCAGCCACCGCAGCAGCCAAUGUUCCCGAAUCAAAGGAAGUUUCCACAGCCUCAGCCUGUGAGGCAGCAGUCAGACCCACAGCAGUUGGCACGAAUUAUGGCCAUUCUGCAGCAACAGAGGCAGCAGCAGCAAAGUGGAGUUGGAGGACAAGCGCCUAUCGGAGGAAACUCUAAACUCUCUCCCUCUCAUCUGGGAGGAGGCAUUUCCAAACAGUCAAUUGUAGACCCACUGCAGCACCCAGGGAUGGGUGGUCCACUGUCAGAUCUUCAUACCAAAGCUCAAGGCAUGUACUCUGGUAUGGAGCUCAGUUCUGUGAUGGGAGGAAUGAAGGACACUGGAGGACAACAGUCCCGCUUCAAGUGGAUGAUGGAAGGACACUCCCCUGUACCGUCUCCCCCUGACCUCACACUCAACAAAAAUGGUGCGUUAUCUGAUGGUCCUUUAGCUGGAGGUAUGAAGGUCAGAGGAGGCUCUCCGUACUCUCAGUACGACAUGUUGGCUGGUGAUGCUUUGGGGAUUCCUCCUCAAGGUUCUUCUGACAACUGGCACCGCACACCUGGCAGCAAACUGAGCCACAAACCAGCCACCUCCAGCUGGCCUCCAGAGUUUCAGCCAGGCGUUCCAUGGAAGGGAAUCCAGAGCAGUGGAGACCCAGAGUCUGACCCCUACAUGACCCCUGGUGGAAGUGUUCUUGGCUCUCCUGGGCCUCCAGGACUCAACGACUCAGACCAUCAGUUGCUAAGAGACAACAUAGGGCCAAACCCCUCCCUCAACACCUCGCUGCCUUCACCAGGUGCCUGGCCCUACAGUGCCUCAGACAGCCCCCUCAACAAUGCACACAGCACAGGAAAGUACUCGGAGUACAAACCCAGCUGGCCUCCUGAACCCAUCGGACAAAACAAGAUGUGGAAGACCAAUCGCAACAGCUCACAGCUGCCACGCCCCCCUCCUGGCUUGACUAAUCAAAAGCAGGCCUUUCCCUCCCCUUGGGGAAGCGGGGGCCCACGGUUGGCCCGUAGCUGGGGAGGGGGUGGGGUUAACCAGGAGUCAAGAUUUGGGCAAGCUUGGAGCGAUGGUACAGCUUGUCGGAGCAGCUGUUGGUUACUGCUCAGCAAUCUGACCCCUCAGAUUGAUGGCUCCACUUUAAGGACUAUAUGCAUGCAGCAUGGCCCCCUGCUGACCUUCCACCUUGGCUUGACCCAGGGCAGUGCUCUGAUUCGCUACAGCAGCCGACAGGAAGCAGCCAAGGCCCAGGGUGCACUCCACAUGUGUGUCCUAGGCAACACCACAAUCCUGGCGGAGUUUGUCAGUGAGGAAGAAGUUGCUCGCUAUUUUGCACAUUCCCAGGCUGGAGGAGAAUGUCCCAGCCCAGGGACAGUAGUAGCAGGUGGGGCUCAAAGCUCUUCUGGAGCAGGUGUCGCUGUGGCCAGUAGUGGAGGCAGCUCUCCAGGCAGUGAGCGAGCCUCAGGGGGCACAGCCUCCAGUGAGAGCGGCAGUGGAGGAGCAGGGGACAGUGGGACCGGUCUGCCCGGUGUGAGAUCUUCCUCCUCUAGUUGGCAGAACCUGGACGGUACUGGCACUUCUUCAGAGGCUCUUUCAGCCCAGGGAUCUGGACUGGGGAUAUUCUCCCAAUGGAGCACCAACGGGGCUGGGGAGGGAACCGCCAUCAGUGGAGUGGAAUCUGGGAGGUCCGGGCUGUGGGGGGGCAUGACUGCGGGUUAUCCCGGCGGCGGCGGCGGCAGCAGCCUAUGGGGGGCACCACAAAUUGAGGAGAGGCACCAAAUGGACAGCCCUGCAGCACUGUUGCCUGGUGACCUGCUGGGCGGAGGGGCUGACUCCAUCUGACCAGCCCUCUCCUUUUGAACCAUUUGAUGUAGAAUUGGAAAUGGCAUACACUGGGUUACAUAUGUACUUUAGCACACUUACACAUUGACAUAGUAUGCAUAUUAUUGUAGUGCACAUACAAAGACACAGGCGUACUUGAUCAAGGUAUGCAUAUUAUUGUGCACACACAAAGCAGAAAUGUGAGACUUGCUUACACACAUUCUUGUGGCCAGACUUAAGCUAUUAUAUAAAUUGCAGGGACUGUUAGAUGUGUAUCAGCCUUUUUCCACAGAUGAAGAUUUCAACUGCUUAGACUUGAAACCUGAAAAUUAAUGAAAAGUCAGUUGGUCUGAAAGACUUGAAUGGAUUAUGCUUAUUAGAUAGUGGACUCGUCGACAGAUUUACAUCCACGUGCACACACCAAAUACAGACAAGCCUUCAGACAGACCGCACUAUAAACAACAUUACCUUCAUUGUGUAAAACUUCAAACUACAUAAUGUGAUGUUUAAGUGCAGUUUGUAUUUACAUCUCUGUAAAGAUAGAGACCGAAUCCAAACACAUGCAAAGAGUUCUGCCUGUCAACAGAACUGUAUCUUACUGUGUAUGUUAUUUUUCAGUUAGUUAUGUACGGCUUUAAUUUGAAAUUGAAAAUAUGGAAAAUCGUUUUGUUUUGUUUUUUCAAAAUGCUGACCUCCUACUGUUGUAUCUCACGCACUCUCUAUUAUUCUCUCUUGAAAAUGUUUGUUACUGUUGCAGUGAUAAAUGUUUAAUUGCAGGCAGUUGUUUUGAGUUGAAGCUAUGUUGCAUUUCUCCAUGUGCUGAUACCGAGCGCAGUAUCGCACACUUUUGGACAUUAUGUAUGAGUGAGGCGUUGAGACCAAGUAGGUGGACGAGAGCCACCGGUUUGUGUGUGAAUGUAUGUCGUAUGCAUGUUCUGCCUGUGGGCAAGGCUGCUUACUAUACAGAAGGUCUAUACAAAAUGUUUCAGUGCAUUUGAUAUAUACUGCUGACUGUGUUGAGAAUUAUUAGCACUAAUGCUUUGUUUCUUUCAUUUGAUUUUUUUUUAUUAGCAGAUGUCUUUUAUUGUCUGAUCUGCAAUAAUAAAAAAGAACAUUUUAAUGAUACAAAGAGCUGAAGGCAUAAGCGUUGAGAAUGGACAUGCCAAAUCUUAUCAAACUGUGUUGAACGGGUGGGAGGGGUGGGGCGGGAGGGUUGUUUACAAAUGCAUAAGAGUUACCGUACGUUUUUAAUGUUCCGUUGUGUAUUAAUUUUAAAUUAAGACAGGCUUUAACACUCCUGUUCAGUGUUUUUGUUUUGAGAUUUUACAAAAGAAUUUUAUUUAAACAUGAGAACAAGAUUAAUAAAGAUGAAAGUAUUGGCUUCUAAA